CAGCAGCAGUGUGCCGUGCAACGCCAACCCGUCGACGACCGUUCAGCCGCUCGCGCGCCCUCCCCCCCACUGAUCCGACUCCCGCAGCAAACGUCCGCCGGUCAAAGCGCGAUCCAGCCCGUCGCACCGACCGACCGACCGACCGACCAACGUCCGCCAGACGCCGUGCCCGUUGACCCGCGCGUCCGAUCCGUCAGUCCGUCCGACCGCGGCCGGUGUCCCGUCGGUCGCCGCGGCCGCUCGCACCGAACGCCUCGAGCCGUCCACGCGCCCGACGCCGUGUCAGCCGGUCGCCGGGGACCGGUUAUGCUGGUGGCCAGUGCCGUCGGCCGCCCGCGCACGCGUCCCGCCGCACCAGCGUGGCCAGUAAGGUGACUGCAUGGUGGGCUCGCCCGGUGGAUAAUCCCGCCCGUUACGGCAUGCCAAUACGCCGAGGACAUGUCACCCAGCGCACCACUGUCAUAGAGACCAUCAUCAGGAAGUUCGACACGCACAACCGUAGUUUUUUGGUAGCCAAUGCUCAGCAAGCCGGCUGUAACAUAAUCUACUGCUCAGACGGUUUCUGCCACAUGACGGGUUACAGCCGAGCCGAGGUGAUGCAGUGCCCGGCAAUAUGCGAAUUUCUACAGGGACCGAUGACUUCGCAGCACGCCGUUUCCGUGGUAAAAGAAGCGCUGGCCGCGGGCAUCGAAAGGCAUUUCGAGAUACUCUACUACCGGAAAGACGGCUCAAAAUUCCUGUGCAGUGAGGUCAUCGCCCCCGUCAAGAGCGAAGUGGAUGACAUAUGUUUGUACAUCAUCAACUUUGAAGAUCUGACAUCUCCCCCGUCACCUGUCGAACAACCAGACCCGGCAUCUAGACUGAGUAAAUUCGACAGGGCUAGACAGUCGUUUCGACAAUCAUUGCGGAUGAGUUCGUUCCGCGGUCGCAACGCAAGGCAGUCCGGCCGACUAACGCCACUACCGCACGACGACGAAUUCGACGAGGAGAGCAGUAGCACGCACCUGAAAACACCAUCUACCCCCAAAGCCCCGGAUUCCUUGAGUUUGAAAACCGCUGCGGCCGAAAGCAUCAUCACGUCGACGACGACGGCCCGUAUCGAAGACGAGACCACCAGCCCUCAGCCGCUCAUCACCCGGCCCGAAACCCAAAUCAGUCAACCCCAUAGGACGCCUGAUGUCCCGUCACCGUCACGGUCACCCGAGAAAUCCCCGGAACGGAAUCCGUCGUUCGGCAGUCCGCCCGUACGGUCCAACACCGAUUCUGUAUUGGCGUCGCGCGUUGAAAAGGAUCAGUUGCAAAGACCGAAACGACCGCACACUAUCGAUAUCAUUACCGAAGCCUACAGGAGUCAUUUUACCGGUAAAAGUUUUCCGAACACAUCUUCCGAAACCGACUUACAGAAGUACAACGCGUCAACGCUAUGGGAUCAUUCUACAUCGCUGGGGAACCUGGCGACGGACAGCUUGAAAUACAAAUAUUCCAUCCAAGACAAUGGGUCAGCAAAAUUCUUUCAAGGGGCUCUACACACACCGAACAUGGGCGAAAAAGUGGCUCAGGUACUGUCGUUGGGCGCGGACAUACUGCCCGAGUACAAGCUCCAGUCGCCCAAGAUCCACAAGUGGACGAUACUGCACUACAGCCCGUUCAAAGCGGUCUGGGACUGGAUCAUCCUGCUGCUGGUCAUCUACACGGCCAUCUUCACGCCGUACUUCGCCGCGUUCCUGUUGAACGAGCCCCACUUCAAAGGUCCUCGGCCGCUGAGGUUCAGCUUCGAAGACCCGUUGGUGGUGGUCGACUUUUUUGUGGAUAUAACGUUCAUAAUCGACAUCGCCAUCAACUUCCGUACCACGUACGUGAACAAAAACGACGAGGUGGUGUCGGCGCCCAGCAAGAUCGCGUUGAACUAUUUCCGCGGAUGGUUCCUGAUCGAUCUGGUGGCCGCCAUACCGUUCGACCUGCUGAUCGCCGGGUCUUCUGCCGAAACGGACGAGUUGACUUUGGAAACACAGAAGCCUGAGGAGACCACCACGCUCAUCGGGCUGUUGAAGACUGCCAGGUUGCUUCGGCUGGUCCGGGUGGCCAGGAAGAUCGACCGGUACUCGGAGUACGGAGCGGCCGUUCUGCUGCUGCUGAUGGCCACGUUCGCGCUGAUCGCCCACUGGCUGGCGUGCAUCUGGUACGCGAUCGGCAACGCGGAGCGCCGGCACGUGGACAGCAAAGUGGGCUGGCUGGACAUACUGGCCAACGACACGCACCAGUUUUACUCGCACAACAACACCGGCGGUCCGAGCAUAAGGUCGAGAUACAUCACCGCGCUGUAUUUUACGUUUAGCUCAUUAACUUCCGUGGGGUUUGGUAACGUGGCACCCAAUACUGAUGCGGAAAAAGCGUUCACUAUAUGCGUGAUGCUCGUAGGAUCUCUUAUGUAUGCCAGUAUAUUCGGUAAUGUAUCCGCAAUUAUACAAAGGCUAUACUCUGGAACAGCCAGGUAUCACACUCAGAUGCUCAGGGUCCGAGAAUUCAUUAGAUUUCAUCAAAUACCAAAUCCAUUGAGGCAAAGACUCGAAGAAUAUUUCCAACACGCUUGGACUUACACUAAUGGUAUAGACAUGAACAGUGUACUUAAGGGUUUCCCGGAAUGUUUACAAGCCGACAUCUGUCUCCAUCUCAACCGAAAUCUGUUGAAAAACUGUUCGGCAUUCAAUGGUGCAUCACCCGGGUGUUUGAGAGCCCUGUCGUUGAAAUUUCGGACGACACAUGCACCGCCCGGCGACACCCUGGUACAUCAAGGAGACGUGCUCACAUCGUUGUACUUUAUAUCACGUGGCUCUAUCGAAAUUUUAAAAGAUAACGUAGUCAUGGCCAUAUUAAGUAAAAACGAUAUAUUUGGUGAAAAUCCAUGUAAACAUGCUACCAUCGGUAAGUCGUGCUGUAACGUACGAGCGCUGACCUACUGUGACCUGCAUAAGAUCGACCGAAACGAUCUUCUCGAGGUCCUAGAUUUGUAUCCGGAGUUCUAUCAUUCGUUUAAAGAAAAUCUCGAGAUAACAUAUUACAUGCGAGAUGAAACGCAAGUUGGCGUAGACCCCAGAGCGGGCAGAUACAGCAGAAAAAUCAGGUCAAGAUCUAGUUCACAAGAACCGAUCGGUGGCACGGCCAACAUUGGUGCGACGAAGAAAUACUACCACAGUUUUCAUAGGGGAGUGUCGGAGAGCUGUAUCGGCCCAUCAGAACCGCUAAGAGAUGACACAACUGACAACGAUAACGUCAUGUCCGAGUUUAACAACAAUGAAAAAUACGCAGAAGGCCACGGUAUCCUUGAGUUUUCUACAGACAAAGCUGGCCAAGAUGUAACGCCGAUGAAUUUGAAAUUCGACGACGAAGCAAUACAAACACGGGGCUCGACUUUGAACUCUAUUUCUGGCAUGUUCAGCCAACUCAAACGUAGUGUGACUGACAUUCGCUUGCAUGGCCUAUCGCAAAAACAACAUGGCAGGGACGAGGAGAAUGGGAGACCUGGAAACGCUGGUGGUCUAAAGACCUCAACAUCUCACAAACACUUAUUUGCAUCUCAGUGCAACGAGAAUCAGCCACUACUCGAGCACCAGUUGCCCAUUUCAGAAUCGUCUACACUGCAUCAACAGCACAAGGCGAAUAGCAGCGAACAUACUAGUGUGCAGAACAUGACAGCAGCUGGUUUCAGUACGACUGCGUCGUCGCAUUACGGGACCCCAACGGCCCAGAGCCCCUUACAUUCCGCUUGUAAAGCACAAACCCCUCCCUUUCCCACCACAUCUAUGUCUGUGAUCGCUAAUAAUACGACUGUGAUAACGCCUCCAUCACCGCAACGUGUCAUAACAUGUUCGCAGUGCGGGCACUCCGAUGUGCAUCAUCGCAUAGACAGACUCUCCAGGCAGCUUGACAAUUUGGAAACGUCUGUGUCUAAUGAUAUCAAAACGAUAUUGCACAUAUUAAAACAUAAAAACGGCGAGUUUUUGACUGCAGAAUCACGAACAGAUGGAUGUAGAUUACGGCCGUCACCUAUAAAGAAAACAUCGAGCAUACCAACCAGCGAUCAUUUGCCUAGACCCACGUUGGCCGUGAAAUUCAGAAGCUCGUCACAAGAUGAAAUGAAAAGCGAGAGCCGGUGUCGACAGCAAGCGUCUCCAAUGCGGCAGUCGUCUGAUCCUCAAGGUACCAUUCCUAGGCGCAGUUAUUCCCAGCCUCACGAUCUCUGUCAGACCCAACAGAAUCGGUUUAUAAGGGAUACGCCAACGGCCAGCCUGUUCGAUACGUCCAACACGUUGACCGGAACGGACACGACACCUCCACCGGUGGCUAGUCUGAAACGACAGCAGUUUGCCAGUUUACGGUGUACGACCAGUUAUUCCAGCGACGAGGGCAACGUGAUUGAGUUCACGCCACUGGCGCCACUGGCCAGGCUAGACUCGUUACACGAAAUGGAUACAUCCGAAACGCAGAGCCGAACGAGCAGUACAACAACGAGCCCAACGCAUCACCAACAACAACAACAACAACAGGGAACCGGAUUUUAGCGUCUACCGUAACAUCACCAUAUCUAAGGGCGAUCAUUCACACGAGCUUGUUUUUGAUUCUUAUCGUUACUUUUUAUUUUCAUUUUUUACAUAAUAUAAAUCACGGAAAGCUUU